CAUUCGCCUCUGCAGCUCCUGUUGCUGCAGUUCAGCUUCCUUCCUUCAGUUCACAUUCAGCUUUCUCUGCACAUGGCUGGGGAAAUAGCAUAUGCGGACCUAAACCUUCAGGAAAUGCCUUCCUAUUCAAGGAUUCCGAUGCCACCUCCUUGCAGGAACUGCAGCAAUGUUCAUAAGUAUAAACAGUGGCAUCGAGUUGCUCUUGGGACUGCCUGCGCUGUGAUUCUCCUCCUCACUCUGGCUGUAGUAACGCUGAUAGUUUUGGUUUUGCAGCCAAAAGAAAGACCAGAGGACGACAGCAGUAGCACCACUGACUUUGAAUUUAAGCUACAGCUGAAACGCUAUAUGUGCAGCUCCCCAAGCCACAGCGGAACAGAGGAUGCCCCAAACUGCAAAGUAUGCCCCAAUGACUGGGAACUGCACAGGGACGCCUGCUACUGGAGCUCUCAAGAGAAAAAACCCUGGGCCGAGAGCCAAGAUGACUGCAAAGGAAAGAAUUCCACCCUGCUUGUGAUUCGGGACCAGCAAGAGAUGGCAAUCAUAAAGAAUCUGGCAAAGGAAACCCACUAUUGGUUGGGACUCACAACAGCCAAACUCUCUGAAGAGUGGACCUGGGAAUGGAUUGAUGGAUCCCCCUUCAAGGAAGAACUGUUUUCAGUAUCGGGCAAUGCUGAAGGAAAGAGCUGUGGGGUAAUGGUGCAAAAUGGUGUUCAUUCUGAUUCUUGUAGUACUUUAUCUAACUGGAUGUGCAUGAAAGCAGCUUUCCAAAUAUAAGCACAAAAUGGGG